AUGACGUGGCUAGCGUUUUCUGCCGAAGAACGGGCGAAAUACUCCAAAAAGACUGAAAGCCCACCUGAUCCUGUAAACGCUAAAUUUUCCUUUACACGAAAUGUGGAUGUGUUUGACGAGCAGCUGGACACGAUGAUGUCGCGCUACCUUGAUCGUCCGGGCGUGCCCAUUGGAAAGAAAGAGCUGACGCGACUCGUUUACAAUAAAGCAGUUGCAGCCUCGUUCAAACCAGGGGAGCCGGUGGGAAUGUUGGCUGCCCAGUCGAUCGGUGAACCCUCAACCCAAAUGACCCUCAACACUUUCCACUUUGCCGGCCGUGGUGAGAUGAACGUGACGUUGGGUAUCCCUCAAUUGCGUGAAAUCCUUAUGGUGGCUGCUGCAAAUCUCCAAACUCCGUCGAUGGAAUUCCCAUAUUGGGUAAGGGACCUAAAGCUCUACGCAAAGCUGAAAAACUAAAACUCAAGCUGACUAGGGUUACGCUUGCCGAUGUCCUAGAGAAGGUUUAUGUAACCGAGGCAUUGUCAAUCAACGAAGGAGAAAGGGCCAGGAUUUACGGACUUAAAUUUAAUUUCCUCCCGCAUGCCUCCUACAAGGAUCGUUUAUGCGUUAAACCAAAAC